AGGUGUAUAAAGCGGGAGACUCCGAACACAGAGUAUUCUGUAAUGGUUCGUGUAAAGGUUCGACUGAGUUUUUGUCUUUUUAUACCUCCUCUUACAAGGUUGAAAGUGCACUCCACAUUCGAACAGAAAAAAUAGAUCUGUACCAAGUCAUGUCCCAGUGAAACUUCAGAACAUCAAGAGUAAAAAGAGAACAGUACAAACCUGAAGACAGAGAAGAGACUGCCUACAACAGAAACAACAGUUGAGCAGCAUACUUCGUCCAGCAACAAUACAUGCUGCAGGAGGGUGACUGAUCCCUUCAAAGUGCUGAGAAGCCCCACCUGCUCCUCACACCAUGUAUGUGUGGAAUCCGUGCACAGAACACUGACAGCUCUCUCCAAAGAAUUCGAUGAGGAACUUGAAGCUUAGAGAGAUUAGUAACCUGCCCAAGGGGAAGAGAAAAGCAGGAAUCUAAUUUGUGUCCUGAACUUUUAGCCUCUAUGCUAUAUUGAUUGGAAAAGAAACUCUGUGGUCUCUUGCACACUUUCCAGCAAGAAUUAAUGCACUGAAAUCAGUGCCUUGGGGCAGUAUCUGUUUUGCCAGCCACCUCAAGAAGAGACACAGGCCAGUCAGCUCAAGAAAAAGGAUGCCUAUGUUAGGGAUAUACAUGAACUGCAUCUAAACUGGAGAACUGCCAGAAAGAGAGGUAGCUUCAGGUCACCUGGUUCCCUCCAGGGCACACCAUGUCUCUGCCCUUUUAUCAGAGGCUCCACCAGCACUAUGACAGCAGCUACCGUAACAGGGACCUUCGCAGCACCAUGAGCCAGUACCAGGAGGAGAAGAAAAGUUCUGCCAUCUACACCCACGGCUCGACAGCCUACAGCACCCGCUCCUCUGCUGCGCACCGCCAGGAAUCCGAGGCCUUCAGCCAGGCGUCCACUGCCUCCUACCUGCAGCAGGCCUCCCGGGCCGCUGAAUCCACCCAUGCAUUCGCAGCCAGUCGGAAGACAGCCUCAGCCUACGAUUAUGGCUAUUCCCAUGGACUUACAGAUUCUAGUCUCAUGUUAGAAGAUUAUUCAUCCAAGUUGAGUCCCCAAGCAAAGAGAGCCAAGAAGAGCUUUCUCUCCGGGGAAGAGAAGGAAAAUCUGCCAAGUGACUAUAUGGUGCCCAUUUUCUCAGGACGCCAAAUGCAUGUCAGUGGAAUUACAGAUACGGAAGAAGAAAGAAUUAAAGAAGCUGCUGCUUAUAUAGCCCAGAGAAAUCUUCUUGCUAGUGAAGAAGGAAUCACGGCAUCCAAACAGUCCGCUAUAUCCAAACAGUCUGCUGUCUCCACACAGUCCGCUGUCUCCAAACAGUCUGCUGUAUCCAAACAGUCCUCAGUAUCCAAGCAGUCCUCAGUAUCCAAACAGUCUACAUCCACUCUUCACCAGGAAGAAGCUUUUGAGAAGAAGUCAAGGAAAGUAGCAAUUCGAGAGAAGGCAGAGCGUGUGUCACUGACAAAAACAUUAGAAGAAACUGAGGCAUUUCAUAGAAAGUUGAAUGAAGAUCAUCUUCUUCAUGCUCCCGACUUUGUCAUUAAGCCUCGUUCCCACACUGUUUGGGAGAAAGAAAGCGUAAAAUUACAUUGCUCUGUAUCCGGCUGGCCAGAACCUCGUGUCACAUGGUAUAAAAACCAGGUACCGAUCAACGUCCACGCAAACCCUGGAAAAUAUAUUAUUGAGAGUCGAUAUGGAAUGCACACUCUGGAGAUCAAUGCAUGUGAUUUCGAAGACACUGCUCAGUACCGGGCCUCUGCGAUGAACGUUAAAGGGGAGCUUUCAGCAUAUGCUUCAGUUGUGGUGAAGAGAUAUAAGGGAGAGUUUGAUGAGACUCGCUUCCGUGCUGGGGUUUCCACCCUGCCCCUCAGCUUUGGUGUGACCCCUUAUGGUUAUGCAUCCAAGUUUGAGAUCCACUUUGAUGACAAGUUUGAUGUGUCUUUUGGAAGAGAGGGCGAGACAAUGAGUCUAGGCUGCCGUGUAGUUAUCACUCCUGAAAUUAAGCACUUCCAGCCAGAGAUCCAGUGGUACCGAAAUGGAGCACCUAUUUCUUCAUCCAAAUGGGUGCAAACACUUUGGAGUGGAGAUCGAGCGACACUGACGUUUUCUCAUCUCAACAAAGAAGAUGAAGGCCUCUACACAAUCCGUGUACGAAUGGGAGAAUACUAUGAACAAUAUAGCGCUUAUGUCUUUGUUCGAGAUGCUGAUGCAGAGAUCGAAGGAGCUCCAGCCUCUCCCUUGGACGUGGUGUGCUUGGAUGCCAACAAAGAUUAUAUCAUUAUCUCUUGGAAACAGCCAGCUGUGGAUGGAGGGAGUCCUAUUCUGGGAUAUUUUAUUGAUAAGUGUGAGGUGGGCACAGAUAGCUGGUCUCAAUGCAAUGAUACACCUGUGAAGUUUGCUCGUUUUCCAGUCACUGGGUUGAUAGAAGGUCGUUCUUACAUAUUCCGAGUUCGAGCUGUGAAUAAGAAUGGAAUAGGUCUACCAUCUAGAGUUUCUGAGCCUGUGGCUGCUCUGGAUCCAGCUGAGAAAGCUAGACUUAAAAGUCGCCCGUCAGCACCUUGGACUGGACAGAUCAUUGUCACUGAAGAAGAACCUUCAGAGGGUAUUGUUCCCGGCCCCCCCACAGACCUCUCUGUCACAGAGGCUACCCGGAGCUAUGUGGUGCUAAGUUGGAAGCCCCCUGGCCAGCGUGGCCAUGAGGGCAUUCUGUACUUUGUGGAAAAGUGUGAAGCAGGAACAGAAAACUGGCAGCGGGUGAACACAGAGCUCCCUGUGAAGUCGCCUCGCUUUGCUCUGUUCGACCUGGCUGAAGGGAAAUCCUACCGUUUCCGUGUCCGCUGUUCUAACUCAGCAGGAGUUGGUGAGCCCUCAGAGGCAACGGAAGUGACGGUGGUAGGGGACAAACUUGAUAUCCCCAAGCCCCCAGGCAAAAUCAUCCCAAGCAGAAAUACAGACACAUCAGUGGUAGUUUCGUGGGAGGAAUCCAAAGAUGCUAAAGAGUUGGUCGGCUACUACAUAGAGUCAAGCAUUGUUGGCUCGGGCAAGUGGGAGCCUUGCAACAACAACCCUGUGAAGGGCCCACGAUUUACUUGCCAUGGAUUGGCGACUGGUCAGAGUUAUAUCUUCCGGGUUAGAGCAGUGAAUGCAGCUGGACUUAGCGAAUAUUCACAGGAUUCAGAAGCGAUUGAAGUUAAAGCUGCUAUUGGGGGAGGAGUGUCUCCAGAUGUGUGGCCUGAACUGAAUGAUACACCUGGUGGACUAACAGACUCCAGGGGAGGCAUGCAUGGAGCCUCCCAGCCAACCUUUAAGAAAGAUGCUUUGCUUGGUAGCAAACUUAACAAACCUUCACUACCCAGUAGUGCUCACAACUUGGGCCAAACAGAAGUGAGUAAAGUAAGUGAAACAGUUCAGGAAGAGCUUACCCCAUCACCACAGAAGGCAGAUAUUAAGGGGAAAAGUAAGUCUGACCCUCUGAAAAAGAAGAAGGACAUAGCUGCACCCUCUCCACCUUGUGACAUCACUUGUCUUGAAAGUUUUCGUGACUCGAUGGUUCUUGGAUGGAAGCAACCAGAUAAGACUGGAGGGGCUGAGAUUACUGGCUAUUACGUGAACUAUCGUGAGGUAAUUGAUGGAGUACCAGGAAGAUGGAGAGAAGCCAACAUCAAAGCUGUCAGUGAUGAGGCAUAUAAGAUUAGCAACUUGAAGGAAAACAUGGUGUAUCAGUUCCAAGUGGCAGCCAUGAACAUCGCCGGAUUGGGAGAGCCCUCAGCAGUAAGUGCAUGCUUCAAAUGUGAAGAGUGGACCAUUGCUGUUCCAGGACCCCCACAUAAUGUCAAAUAUAGUGAAGUCAGGAAAACCUCCCUGGUUCUGCAGUGGAAGCCUCCUAUCCACUCGGGAAGGACUCCCGUCACGGGUUACUUUGUGGACUUGAAGGAGGCCCAUGCCAAAGAUGACCAGUGGCGAGGACUCAAUAAGGCAGCUAUUAAGAACACAUACCUGAGGGUACAAGGCCUCAAGGAGGGUGUCAGCUACGUGCUCCGUGUCCGAGCCAUCAACCAGGCGGGUGUUGGCAAGCCAUCGGACCUUGCUGGGCCUGUUGUGGCAGAAACCCGUCCAGGAACCAAAGAGGUUGUUGUAAACGUGGAUGAUGAUGGAGUAAUUUCACUGAACUUUGAAUGUGAUCAGAUGGCUCCAAAUUCUCAGUUCAACUGGUCCAAAGAUUAUGCAUCCACAAAGGACUCUCCCCGAUUAGAGAUUGAAAGCAAAGGCAACAAGACGAAAAUGACCUUCAAGGACCUGGGGACAGAAGACCUGGGCAUUUAUUCCUGUGAUGUAACGGACACUGAUGGAAUAGGGUCAAGCUACUUGAUCGAUGAGGAAGAGCUGAAACGUUUACUAGCUCUCAGCCAAGAACACAAGUUCCCAACUGUCCCAAUUAAGUCAGAGUUGGCAGUUGAAAUCUUGGAGAAAGGCCAAGUCCGGUUUUGGAUGCAGGCUGAGAAGCUGUCUGGCAACACCAAAGUCACCUACAUAUUUAAUGACAAGGAGAUUUUUGAAGGGCCGAAAUACAAGAUGCAUAUUGACCGAAACACUGGCAUAAUUGAAAUGUUCAUGGAAAAGCUACAGGAUGACGAUGAGGGAACAUAUACUUUCCAGCUUCAAGAUGGAAAAGCAACCGGCCAUUCCACUCUUGUUCUCAUUGGAGAUGUUUAUAAAAAACUCCAGAAAGAAGCCGAAUUCCAGCGGCAAGAAUGGAUCAGGAAACAAGGUCCUCAUUUUGCUGAGUAUUUGAGCUGGGAAGUGACUGGUGAAUGUAAUGUACUAUUGAAAUGCAAGGUGGCAAAUAUUAAGAAGGAGACUCAUAUUGUAUGGUACAAAGAUGAAAGAGAGAUAUCAGUGGAUGAAAAACAUGACUUUAAGGAUGGUAUAUGUACCCUGCUUAUAACAGAGUUUUCCAAGAAAGAUGCUGGGAUUUAUGAAGUUAUCUUGAAAGACGACAGAGGAAAAGAUAAGAGCAGACUGAAGCUUGUGGAUGAAGCCUUUAAAGAACUGAUGAGUGAAGUAUGUAAAACCAUAGCUCUCUCUGCUACAGACCUGAAAAUCCAGAGCACAGCUGAGGGCAUCCGGCUGUACUCUUUUGUUACUUACUACCUGGAAGAUCUGAAAGUUAACUGGUCCCACAACGGGACUCCUAUUAAGUACUCAGACAGAGUUAAGAGUGGGGUCACCGGGCAGCAGAUCUGGCUGCAAAUCAGCGAGCCCACUCCAAAUGACAAAGGCAAAUAUGUGAUGGAGCUCUUUGAUGGCAAAACUGGACAUCUGAAGACAGUGGAUCUUUCUGGACAAGCCUAUGAAGAAGCCUAUGCUGAAUUCCAGAGAUUAAAACAAGCUGCCAUUGCCGAGAAAAACCGCGCCCGAGUGGUGGGUGGACUCCCCGAUGUGGUCACCAUCCAGGAAGGCAAGGCGCUUAAUCUCACCUGCAUCGUGUGGGGCGACCCAACUCCAGAGGUUUCCUGGUUAAAGAACGAGAAGCCCCUGGUCCCAGAUGACCACUGUAGCGUCAGGUUUGAGGCCGGCAAGACUGCCUACUUCACCAUCAGUGGGGUGAGCACCGCCGACUCUGGCAAAUACGGGCUGGUUGUGAAGAACAAGUACGGCUCAGAGAUAAGCGACUUCACAAUCAGUGUGUUCAUCCCGGAGGAGGUGGCUAGGAAGGCGACUGAGCAGCCCCAGAAAGGCAACAAGAAGGCCAAGUGACCAGGAGGCUGUACGAGGGGAGCUGCGCUGAGCUGCCUUGUGUUACUCACGUGCGAAUGGCUUGGGUUAAGUGUAAGGAACUCUUCCCGCUUUCUACUCCCUAUUUUUGUGCUGGCUCAGGGGAAAAUCAUAAAAUCUCUCAUUCAUAUAAAAAAGCAUCAACUAACAACAUUUUGAUAGUUUUCUUUAUCAACAAAUUCUGUGUUAAGAAAAUGCCAUUGGUCGCACAAAUACUAGGAAACGGUUUUAAGGAAAAGACCAGAAUAAAGACAGAGGGAUGUUGGAUGAUGGUCAGAGAGUAGGUGAAUAUGUUGUGGAGCAGCAUUUGGACUUGACUUGACUUUUCCGGGGAAAUUCUCAUGGGUUGCAGUCAUACUUCAGCAUCCUGUCCAAAGGGGGAUGAAUUGUUAAGCCAAGCAGUGUGUUUUGUGUGUUGUUAAUGAUAGUGAUGUGCAUUUCUGUUGGCGGUCUUGUGAUUUGGAGCCUCCUCAGUAUUAAUAAACGGUCCUCACGCCUC